AUGUUAGGUGACCAGCGAAUCCACCUCGGCGAGUCCUCAACCGCUGGGCUCCCCGCCUCGGGGGAACACCCCCCACAGGACGAAGCUCGCGACGAAUGCCCCGCAGCGGUAUCGGAACGCUACUGGCGACUGUUCAAUGACCCAGGCUUGUCGCCUCCCGACGGCGCACCCGCCGGCCCGUCGUCGGUAUCGCCUGAAGCUUUUCACGACCUCGCCCACCAAGUCCGGACCCUGACCAGCAUGGUCCAGACCGUCAUCCCGCUCGUCUCCCAGCGGACCCCUCCGCACAUGACCCGGCCCUCGUCGCAACGGGAGACCCUUAGCAUUCCCCAUAACUCUGCGGGGACCGGCCCGCACGUGGUACAGGGCCUGAAGCCAGGGACCGUCGCCUCCUUCGACCAGCUCGCCAAGGAUUUUGAGCUUAACUUCCUGGCGUACGCCCGGCCUAAGCCGUCCAUGGCAUUGCUCCUCGGGCUCAACCAGAAGGAGGACGAGCCCCUCUCCCAUUUUGUGAACCGAUUCACGACCCAAAUCCGUGGAUUGUUGGAUGCUCACCCCUCUUUCUUGAUGCAGGCAUUCAUGACAGGCCUGCGACCCUCCAGGUUCUUCUGGUCGCUCGUGGAGCGACCCCCCGUCGCGGUCCCCGAGAUGCUCCAACGUGCCAGUCAGUUUAUCGCCGCGGAGACUUGGAUGGCUGGAAGACGGGAGGAACACAAAAAGGUCAAGACAGAACCGCCCCGACAGCAACAACCCGCCGCCUCCCGGCGAAGGUUGGACAGACCUGACCCGAGGCCUCCUCUUCCCGCCUUGAAUUCAUCCCGGACUGAAAUAUUCCUGCACGAGAAGGGGAAGGGGCUGCUCAAGGACCCUCGCCCGAUGAGGAACCCGCGGGAGCUCGCAGACCGAUCAAGAUAUUGCCGAUUUCAUCGGCAGCACGGGCACGACACUGAGCAAUGCUACGAGUUGAAGAGGCAAAUCGAAGAGCUCAUCCUCAGAGGACACCUCGGCCAGUACCUCCGGCCAAACAAAGAGCAGUCGCCUCACCCAAAGGGCCCCGUCGAGCGGCACAUCGAUGUGAUAGCCGGGGGCCUCGCAUCAGGAGGAGGCUCCACGUCAGGCAGGAAGGCGUACGCCCGAGCUGCCCCCGACGAAGCCUCGGGGCACGAGCCGGAGCCUGAGAUUACCUUCCCAACCGGAGCAGCCGAGCGACCCGACCACGACGACGCCUUGGUAAUAUCCGCCAGGGUGGCCAACGCGCAGAUGAGGAGGAUCAUGGUCGACACAGGGAGCUCGGCCGACAUACUCUACUUCGACGCCUUUUAG